AAAAAGAAAACGUUUUAAUAACCAAAAUAAAGAAAAAAGAAAAAAAGAAAAACCUUUCUUUUCGAACAAGAAAAAAAGGGCGAAAUCUCUCUUCUUCUUCGUCAGGUACAAAUAUCGCAAAUUGUGUGAGGAUUUUCCCCAAAUAUCGCUAAGUUCGACGGAAAAUUUCUCUCCUUUUUGAUUCUCUUUGCUUCUCCCCUCCACUUCUGCUGCUGAUUAUGGCCAAUCAACCUGAAUCCUCUGACUCCAAGGGUACCAAGAGGGACUUUAGCACCGCCAUUUUGGAGCGGAAGAAGGCCCCUAAUCGUCUUGUCGUCGAUGAAGCUAUCAACGAUGAUAACUCUGUUGUCGCUCUUCAUCCUGAUACCAUGGAGAAGCUUCAGCUCUUCCGUGGUGAUACGAUCCUCAUUAAGGGUAAAAAGAGGAAGGACACAAUAUGCAUUGCUCUUGCUGAUGAUACAUGUGAUGAGCCUAAAAUAAGGAUGAACAAGGUCGUGAGGAGCAAUCUUAGGGUUAGGCUUGGUGAUGUUGUCUCUGUGCACCAAUGUGCUGAUGUUAAGUAUGGGAAGCGUGUACACAUUCUUCCUGUGGAUGAUACUAUUGAAGGAGUUACUGGAAAUCUUUUUGAUGCUUAUUUGAAACCCUAUUUCUUGGAGGCAUAUCGUCCUUUGAGGAAGGGUGAUCUCUUCCUUGUGAGGGGGGGAAUGAGGAGUGUAGAGUUCAAGGUUAUUGAGACAGAUCCAGCUGAAUACUGUGUGGUAGCCCCAGACACUGAGAUCUUUUGUGAUGGAGAGCCUGUGAAAAGGGAGGAUGAGGAUAGAUUAGAUGAAGUUGGUUAUGAUGACGUUGGUGGUGUUAGGAAACAAAUGGCUCAGAUUCGUGAAUUGGUUGAACUGCCACUGAGGCAUCCGCAGCUGUUUAAAUCAAUUGGUGUGAAGCCUCCUAAGGGAAUUUUGCUGUAUGGACCCCCUGGGUCUGGGAAGACUUUGAUUGCACGUGCUGUUGCAAAUGAAACUGGUGCAUUUUUCUUCUGUAUCAAUGGACCAGAGAUCAUGUCAAAGUUGGCUGGUGAAAGUGAAAGCAACCUCAGAAAAGCUUUUGAGGAAGCGGAGAAAAAUGCACCGUCCAUAAUUUUUAUCGAUGAAAUUGAUUCAAUUGCUCCCAAGCGUGAGAAGACCAAUGGGGAAGUUGAGCGAAGGAUUGUCUCACAACUACUGACCCUCAUGGAUGGACUGAAGUCUCGUGCUCAUGUCAUUGUGAUUGGGGCUACAAAUCGACCCAACAGCAUUGAUCCAGCUCUGAGAAGAUUUGGAAGAUUUGAUAGGGAAAUAGACAUUGGUGUUCCUGAUGAAGUUGGGCGUCUGGAAGUUCUACGAAUUCAUACCAAAAACAUGAAACUCGCUGAAGAAGUUGAUUUGGAGAGGAUUGCUAAAGAUACGCAUGGGUAUGUUGGUGCUGAUCUGGCAGCUCUCUGUACUGAGGCUGCUCUUCAAUGUAUCAGAGAGAAGAUGGAUGUAAUUGAUUUGGAAGAUGACUCUAUAGAUGCUGAGAUACUCAAUUCAAUGGCAGUUACAAAUGAGCAUUUCCAGACAGCUCUUGGAACCAGCAACCCGUCAGCUCUUCGUGAAACAGUUGUUGAAGUACCAAAUGUUUCAUGGGAGGAUAUUGGAGGUCUUGAGAAUGUGAAGAGAGAGCUCCAAGAGACGGUUCAAUAUCCAGUUGAACAUCCUGAGAAGUUUGAGAAAUUUGGGAUGUCGCCCUCAAAAGGAGUUCUUUUCUAUGGCCCUCCUGGAUGUGGAAAGACUCUUCUGGCAAAGGCUAUUGCAAAUGAAUGUCAAGCAAACUUUAUUAGCGUCAAGGGCCCAGAGUUGCUCACGAUGUGGUUUGGAGAGAGUGAGGCCAAUGUUCGUGAAAUCUUUGACAAGGCCCGGCAGUCUGCUCCUUGUGUCUUGUUCUUUGACGAACUUGACUCAAUUGCUACACAAAGAGGUAGUAGCGUUGGGGAUGCUGGAGGUGCUGCUGAUCGUGUACUGAACCAACUUCUUACGGAAAUGGAUGGAAUGUCUGCAAAGAAAACUGUUUUCAUCAUUGGUGCCACCAACAGACCAGACAUUAUAGAUCCUGCUCUUUUACGACCUGGACGUCUGGAUCAGUUGAUUUAUAUUCCUCUUCCUGACCAAGAAUCUCGACUUCAGAUUUUCAAGGCUUGCUUGAGGAAAUCUCCAAUCUCAAAAGAUGUGGAACUCAGAGCCCUUGCCAAGUACACUCAAGGCUUCAGUGGUGCUGAUAUUACAGAAAUUUGUCAGCGUGCCUGCAAAUAUGCAAUUAGAGAAAACAUUGAGAAGGACAUUGAGAAGGAGAGAAGGAAAAGCGAGAACCCCGAGGCAAUGGAGGAGGAUGCUGAUGAUGAAGUGGCCGAGAUCAGGGCCGCUCACUUUGAGGAAUCUAUGAAGUAUGCCCGAAGGAGUGUCAGUGAUGCUGACAUCCGCAAAUACCAGGCAUUUGCGCAAACACUUCAGCAGUCAAGAGGGUUUGGAGCCGAGUUCAGGUUCGAGCAGAACUCAGCACCAGCUGCAUCCGACCCAUUUGCAACUUCUGCUGGUGGGGCUGAUGAAGAUGAUCUCUAUAACUAGUAUGGCAUUUAGAUUCCAACCCCAUUUAUGCUUUAGACUUGGUAGUAUGAUAUAACUUCAUAUGGAUCGCUUUUUUAUUGGACAGAAUCCAGUUUUUAUUUGAAUGUGAUUAUCAUUUACAAUCA